CAUAUGUCAUAUAAUCACCUGUAUAUUUCCAAUAGAAAAACCUUUAUGCCUUAUCAUGAUGAACACCACCACCACACACUCAAGUGCUCCGCGUCCUUCCCCAGCCGGGCAGGCCCCGAGCUCCGACAUCUCCGUCCGCACGGCCCUCCUCUGCCUUGUAGCAGUGAUAACCACACCAUUAAUUAUCUACACAUUCUUUUUUGCUAUGAGAUUCCCUCGGAAUCCUUUCCGGCGAUCUAGCCGCCGCUCCGACAUACCGGAUGGAGAAGUGAGCUGUAACGGUAAAGAAUUCGAACUGGUUUGUGGCGUUAGGAAAGAGGCGCGUGCAAAAGAAACCGCCGGAAGCGAGUGCCCUGUGUGUCUAUCGGUUUUUGUUGAGGGAGAAGGGAUUAGGCAGUUGAAUGCGUGUAAACACGUUUUUCACGUUGAGUGUAUUGAUAAGUGGCUCUAUUCGCAUUCGAAUUGCCCGGUAUGUCGUGUUUCUGUUUCGGUAAAGCGCUGUAAACGGGCUUCAAAUAUUGGCGGAGAUGAAGAUUUCCGGCAAGGUUUGCCGGAUGCGGCUAACCUGGUUUAAUUUCCGGCGAGGGAAUUAUAUGUACCAUUUUACCGUUCUUUAUUUUCAAAAUCAAUUUUAUUUUGGAUGAUUGUUGGCACCCCAUUUUUUACUCGUUGCACGUAAGGCUGAAUCA